CUCACACAGGGCUCACAGUCAAUAGGAAGAGAGAGCACACAGAGAGAGACCAGUAGACAGAGACAGAGAUAGUGACCAUUAGAGAAAGAGGAGAGAGACCCCGGUGUUGUGGUUGAUUCAUAGAGGCAGUAGAGGCAGGAUGUGGGUCCUCAUCUGGGCAGCUCUACUUCUCUCUCUGACAGAGAUAACCACAUGCAAAAGACAGCCACAGCCACAAUCACCACCACCACGAACAGCAUCCCCCUGGACCAUCGCCUUCAGUCCAGCAAAGAUAACAGGAGAGAAGGGACUAUGUGCUGUAAUUUCAUGUACCUUCAAUCAUGCAGAGAACUUCAAACCUACUGCAGCAAUAUGGUUCAAAUGUCCUAAAAAUGGCAAAUGUGAUCAGGAUGAAGACAUAAUUAUCCACUCUGAAACUCCCUCUAAAGCUCAGGAGGGUUAUAAACAGAGAGUGUCUCUACUGGAGACCGAUCUGACAAAGAAGAACUGUAGUGUGAUCAUCAACGACAUCAGAGAGAAUGACACAGGAGAGUAUCAAUUCAGACUGCUAAGUGCAUAUACAUACCUCAAGAAAGUGAAAAUCACAGUGAAAGCUCUGACCCAGAAGCCCUCAGUGUUGACUCCUCCUCUGACAGAGGGAGAACCAGCGACUCUGAUCUGCACCGCACCAGGAAUCUGCUCUGGAUCUCCUCCUAAAAUAACAUGGACAUGGAGAGGGACAGGAGACAACACCACCAUACAGAUGAGAGAGGACCUGACCAAUGUGACAACAACCCACUUCUCAACUUUGACCUUUACCCCCUCAGCUGAGCACCACAACAUGAUGGUUACGUGUCAAGUAACCUUCCAGAAAACAUAUACAAUUGAAGAGACAGUAACUUUGAAUGUGUCAUAUGUGAAAGACCCCCAAAUAACUGAACAUAAAAUGGUGAAAGAGGAUGGUACCCUGGAUCUGACCUGCAGUGUUGACAGUUACCCUCCAUCUGACAUCACUUGGAGUAAGAAUGGGACAAGUGCCCCACUUCAGAAUUACACUGAAAAUGCCACUCUCACCAUCUCCAAUGUGACAAGAGAACAUGCUGGGGAGUAUGUGUGUACAGUUCAUCACCACAACAGGACAAUGACAGCUUCCACCGUUGUCACUGUGAUGUACCUUCCUGUGAUUCUUCCUGGCUCUGGGUGUGUGGACCAGGCAGAGGUCAUGACCUGUGUGUGUGUCAGUCAGGGGGUUCCCCUACCCCUCAUAGAGUGGCCACUGCUGGAGCUCAACACAGAGAACACUAUGUCAGUGUUGGGUUCCUCAGUGAACAGCACCAUCAGCCUGCCUGUUGGAAACCACAACAACAUCACUGUGGAGUGUGUCAGCAGAAAUGUGGUGGGUGUAGUGAGAGAGAAGUUGCAGGUAACCCAAAAUAAGAGCCAAGAAAAGCAAGAAGAUAAGGAAUGGGAAGACAUUAUAGCUAUGCUGUCGGACCUAAAACUGAUUACUGCAUUUGUGAUUGGUGCAGCCCUCUCAGCCACCAUCUGUUGUAUCUUCCUGUGUUUGACAGGGAAAUGUAAAAGACAAAAAAAGAGGAUCCCAAAGGAUUCCAAAAACCCUUUCAUAAACCUGGAGAUGGUGGCAUGUGAAGACCAACAGACGGAUGCAGGACAGGCUGUUGGGGGUGAACAGACCCCUCUGCAGUUGGAGCUGAGAGGAGGAGCAGAAAACGGAGGGACCCAGACCAGUGGAGCCGCAGGAAAAUUUGACACAAGGGAAGAACCAAAUGAAGUGGACUACGCCAGUAUCAACUACUCCCUGCUGAAGAAGAAGACUCCUGAGGCAGAGAAGAAGACCACUACCGCAGAGUCAGAGUACGCCAAAAUCAAACGAGAGAAGAAGAAAGAGGGGGGAAAAGAUGGAGGAGAGGGGAGUGGAAUGAUGAUGAUGGGGAAGGAUGAGGAAAAAGAGAACGGUAAGCCAGCAGCAGAGACAGAUGAGGAUACAGCGCUUUACUCCAACGUCAAGGCUAUUAUGGGUGGUGGUGAGUGACACAGAUAUUUUUGCUAGAAACGUGGGGGAUAGAAUGCAGUAUUGUACAGCCAUGGAUUCUUAUAUCAUUUUCUGAAUCCAGAUUGAAAGUUGUAUGAUGAUACCUGGACUUUUGGUCAACGGAAACUACUGUAGUUUUGGUGUUGUUUCCUCAUGUGCUGAAUCCAGUUUGAAUGUUUUACGAUAGUACAGAGAUGUUGUUUAAUAACUGAAACUACUGUAGUUAAUAGUUUUGGUAAAUUAUUUAUUUUACAGCCAUGUGUCAGAAGGUACUGUAUGUAUCUGGUGGUUGUACAUUUUCAAUAAGAAUAUUUUCUAGUUCUACAUAGAAGCAAGUUUUGGUAAUGUUUUUGUAAUGUUUUUCAAUGAAGCGUCAUUUAACUUUUUGUAACGAUUGUGUUUUGCCACCAUGAGGAAGGACUGACAAUGAUGUGGUUUGGAAAAGUAGAGAGGUCAAACCAUUUCUGGUUUUUCUCCUCUUUCCUUUCAUUUUUGUGGGUGGGGAUUUUAUGUAGUAUGUGUGGUUGUAACCAAUAUAUUUCUGUACAUAGAAUACUGAUAUACUGCAGUACAUUUUGGGCUAGCCAGAGAGCUCAAAUGAAAUGAAUAAAGAAAAAAAGUUAAAAAGUACUUAAAAGUUGUGUACUAUAGACGGGUUGGUUGUUUAGCAACCAAACAGACGAGUGCACAACUAUGGAGUACAACAGACGGGUUGGUUGUUUAGCAACCAAACAGACGAGUGCACAACUAUGGAGUACAACAGACGGGUUGGUUGUUUAGCAACCAAACAGACGAGUGCACAACUAUGGAGUACAACAGACGGGUUGGUUGUUUAGCAACCAAACAGACGAGUGCACAACUAUGGAGUACAACAGACGGGUUGGUUUCGAUUGUCGACAACAUAUAAACUAUAUUUUGUCUCCAAUGUUUUUGGAAAAUAUAAAUACAUUUGCACAACGAGCACUUGUCUCUCAAAUACAUUUUUACAGUUGUUGGUUAGCUGGGUAGCAAAUGUUUGCCAUAUUAGCAUAAAGCACCUAAAAAAAACAUAAAACUUGUUGAAACGAGUCACCUACACUUCCCCACAUGGCAGCAUUGUGUCGUUGUUGCUAGAUAUCUGGCCAUCCAAAAUCACCACAACACACGGCCUUCUGCCCCAUUGAAGCGUGUGUAUCGUUUUAAUGACAUUGUCAGCGAACCCAUAUAUGAGAAUAUUUUUGUGCAUUAUUGCAGUAUUGUUUUAUAUUGAGGCACUACCUCACUUAAUGGACUUGUGUAUUUUAAGUUGUUUGUUCUCAGAAAUCUGUUAAAAGAAUGUAUAAAUUGUGUAUUUACAUUACAUUGUUUGCAAACUGAUAUGUGACACGUAUUAAUUCCAAAAUAACAAGCAAAACAGGCAAGCCCCCCCCACAAUUAUUAUUAUUAUUAUUUUUUUUAAUAUACCUAAAAGUGUGGUGCUCUGCCCCACCUGCCCUGAGUAACGGGUCACCACUGUUACUGUACCACUCCACCAUAUGCUUCCUCACCAACCGGACCAUUCCAAACCCACCACUGUGACCUAUACUCCUCCAUCAACUGGCCUUCACCGAACAUUCAACGUCAAUCCCAGUGGCUCACAUUCAUUUACAAAUCCCUCCUCAGCAAGACACCCCUCUACCUCUGCAAACUAAUACACUCCUCCACUAAUAAUAGCAAUCUGAGAUAUGGCCAUUAUGUCAAUCUUAACCUUUUCCCCAAACAAAUUGCAUUAAGUGUUUACGCCUGGCCUCUGUUGGAGUGAACUAUUUCUCAUUAUUUGAUCUUAGCACCUUGAGGCAUAGCUCAGAAUCAGAAAAAGUGAAGUGUGCUAGCAAAAACAAGUUUGAGAGGCUUAACGGAAACCAGAUAUCCAAAUCUGUGGGUAAUGUACAGGUAACUGCCAAAAUAAAGGACACAUCAACAUAAAGUGUCCUAAUAGGGUGUUGGGCCACCGUGAGCUGCAAGAACAGCUUCAAUGUGCCUUGGCAUAGAUUCUACAAGUGUCUGGAACUCCAUCAUUUGGUGUUUUGUUGAUCGUGCCGCUCCAGAAUCUCUCAUAAGUGUCAAAUUGGAUUGAGAUCUGGUGACUGAGACACACACACACCAUUUUGUAACCAGAAAAAUGACAAAUAAAUGUAUUAUUAUUUUAAAACUUGAAUCCAGCUCUGGACAUUGGAUUUUUAUCCAUCAAGACCAACAUUUUGCAAAUCUCCAUUGUGGCUAAAAGAUUAGGAUGGAAAUUGUAUUGGGACAAUUUAGCCACUAUAUUUAGUCAAAAGGCUUCGCUGGAAAAUACUUUGUUGGAUUUGGAAACCCGUAUUGUUUGGAAAAUCAAAACAAAGGAACAAAGGACUUGCUCGGUCUCAAGAAUACAGGGGACAAAAGACUUACUUGGAUAUGUAAAGCAGCCUAACAAACUGUUAGAUUUAUUAAUGGAUACCAGUGGCGACCCAUCAUUCAGAGGGGCUCACCUGUUUUGAGCCCUACAUUUUUAGCAUUUAAAAAAUAUAUAAUAAUACACAUAUGUAUAUACUGUAUAUAUAUAUAAAU